UGGUCGUGGUGCCCUGUUCGCUGUGGCUCUGUUAGAGGUGGAAACAGCACAGUAAACACAACCGCUUAUUUUAAAGUCUCGGUCUUUUACAGUAGUUAAAAUAACAGUGAAUGAAGGCGCUGACGGAGAGGCGGUGGAGCCAGUGUGAGAGCGCGAGCUGGCCGGAAGUCAGCGCUGUUAGCUCGGAGUGCGCGACGCUCCGUGCUUUUUAUUUUAGCUACGCAGAGACUAAGAAACUACGGGAAAACGUUUGAAAAGCUGUCGCCUGUAAACCAGCAGAGCAGGAGUAUGUGGCCGGAGCAGCGGGUGUUGUCGGAAUGAAGAACCCGGCGCCACGCACCAGGGACAUCGAGCGGCAAGCUGGCUACCUGAAGCCUGAGCACUGCGCCCCUCCCCCGCCUCGCACUGGUUCUGACACCAUGUGGUUCAUCCGUGACGGCUGCGGCAUCAUAUGCGGUGUCAUCACAUGGAUGCUGGUCUUCUACGCCGAGUUUGUGGUGGUUUUUGUCAUGCUGCUGCCCACCAAGAAUAUGGUUUACAGCCUUUUCAACGGCAUGCUUUUCAACGGGUUGGCCUUCCUUGCCCUCGCCUCUCACGCCAGGGCGAUGUGCACGGACCCGGGAGCUGUGCCAAAAGGAAAUGCCACCAAAGAGUUCAUUGAAAGCCUGCAGCUGAAACCAGGCCAGGUUGUGUACAAGUGUCCAAAGUGCUGCAGCAUCAAGCCCGACAGAGCGCACCAUUGCAGUGUGUGUAAACGCUGUAUCAAAAAGAUGGACCACCACUGUCCCUGGGUGAACAACUGUGUCGGAGAGAACAACCAGAAAUACUUUGUGCUCUUCACUAUGUACAUUGCACUGAUAUCUUUCCAUGCGUUAGUCAUGGUGGCUUUCCAUUUCAUUUUCUGCUUUGAAGAAGACUGGGCAAAGUGCAGCAACUUCUCUCCACCAGCAACCGUUAUUCUCCUCAUUCUCCUGUGCUUUGAGGGCCUCCUUUUCCUCAUCUUCACAGCCGUCAUGUUUGGAACCCAGGUCCACUCAAUCUGUACCGAUGAGACGGGCAUUGAACAGCUGAAGAAAGAAGAGAGGCGAUGGGCCAAGAAGUCCAAGUGGAUGAACAUGAAGGUGGUGUUUGGCCAUCCGUUCUCUAUAGCCUGGCUCAGCCCCUUUGCCACACCUGACCAUGGCAAGGCAGAUCUGUACCAGUACAUAGUGUGAAACCAGGACACUAAGCUGUAUUCACACACAACUAGCUGGCUCCACUGUAGACUGAAUCCCGGUUCGAUGCCCGAUUGGCUGGACCUCUACAAGAAUCACCGCCUCUUAACCAUGUCUGAUUUUUUUUUUUUUUUUUUUUUUCCUCUUAGGAAUAACGGAUACUUCAGGGCGUACGAUGCCGCGUUGUUAUAUCAUGUUUACUUUUUAAUCUUUUUCUUUCAUUUUAUUGAAACACUCUUGGUGCUGAGAUUUGUGAGCUGUAACUCGCUUCCACUGAAAACCGAGGGAAGUGGAGACAAAACGUGAUUGCUGAAAGAUGGGUUCUGCCUCAUCUGCGAUGUGUCUGAUCAUUUCCUGCUUCCAGGAUUUAAACCAGUCAUAACUCCGGACGUCCUGGAAGUUGUUGCUCAGAGCAGCAUAGCUCAAGGUGCCAACACAGGCGCCUGUUUUUUGUCUUCCUGAAAAUAUUAUUGUGAUCUUCCUUUUGCUGUAUUUCUGUUAUUGCACGUUUUUUUGUUGUUGUUCUGAAUGCUGCUGCUGAAUUGCCUUAGAACAGUGCAUUAGCUGUUGGUGAGAUCUACUAUUUCUAAAUACACUUGUGUCAUUCUGCCUUACCGUGAGGGUGAGACUGGAUCAGGUUUGUUCAACACUUCUAUACACCAGACAGCUGGAUUUGUUCAGGCUAACAAAGGAAUGUAUUUUACUGUGUCUGCAUUUCUAUGAUGAACAUUUCUUCUGCUUAAGAACACUUACCUGGCACCCUGUGCAGGUACUUAAAGGGGAACUCCUGUAUGUAUGUAUUUAUUUUUUAUGUGGGCUCCAUUUUUAGAUCUUUUGUAGUUUGUGUUUUCACUCAGGAUAAAAACUAUGUUAAUAAUUGGUGCAAUAUUGAUAUAGAACUCAAAACAUUUUCACCAGCUAACUGGCUACAUAAUGUUAUUUGCACAUGGCAAGCUUUAAAAAAAGUAAACUGCUUCUUGUCGCCACUGAACAGGUGAAAAUAUUGUAUAGUAUAGUAGCAAGGAGUGGGUUGUUAUGGAGGUAAAAGUGUGCAUGUUUACCUCACUAACCAUAGCCUCCAGUACAUUUGCCGGCGCUGCUAACCACUGUGUCAUUAAAAGUUUAUUGCCGAUAACGACGAGGGGUCAUUACACAAUCAAAUCUCUGUCCUUCAUGCUAGCAGGCACUUGAAUGAUUUUAUUUUUCACCUGUUCAGCAGCAACAAGAAGCAGUUUACUGAGUGUUUUCAGCUUGUACAGUAACAUUAUGUAGCCAGUUAGCCUGUGACAAUGUUUGUGUUCUAAAUCAAUACUGCACAGAUUAAACUUGUUUUUGUCCAAAAUGAAAAGAUAAACCCCAAAACAUUGGAAACCACAACCUAGACUGGAAAAAACCCUUUAAGUACCUGACAAAUCCUGCUUGGUAAAGUCUCUGCUAAGGGUAGAGCAGCGUCACUGUGAAGGACGCUCAAAUUCUAUAGGACACAAGGAGCAACAACCACCUCUGUUUUAACAGUCGAGUAAAUCCGUGGCCUUGGCAGGUAACGAAACAGUCACAGAUCAUAAAUAGGGCAACAGGACAAUUCUAAGCAUUAAAUCUUUUUGUUUUGUUUUUUUUAAAGUGUGCUCUAAAGCCUUAAAGUGGUUUAAAUGUGUUGUUGGUAUUUGAAAAUCCUUAUGGCCAGAUUUAGUGCUUUAUGAAGGAGGCAAACUUUCCUAGGCUUCUGUGGUUACAACCCUUAUUUUUUAAAAUCCAACUGUUACCAUCUUGUGGCAUGCAACAGCUGUGAUCCAGUUUACACAUACACCAGCUUUCUUAUUCUUUUUCUUGAAAUGUUUCUUUGUGGUCUAAUAUGAACAGUAUUCGCAGCACUAUAGGCCACAUAGUGUAUUUUUUAAUUAUUGUGAUAUAUGUUUAAAACUAAGGAAUGAAAUAAAACCAUGUAUGUGA